CCGGACCCUGCGGGCAGAGAUAUCUCCAUCCGACCAAUCUUGGAGCACUGUGAAAACACUCAUAUGACAAUUUGGCUUGGGAUUGUCUAUGCUUAUAAAGGGCUGCUGAUGUUAUUUGGGUGUUUCCUAGCCUGGGAGACACGAAAUGUCAGCAUUCCCGCUUUGAAUGAUAGCAAGUACAUCGGAAUGAGUGUAUACAACGUGGGGAUAAUGUGCAUUAUUGGUGCUGCUGUUUCAUUCCUCACUCGGGACCAACCCAAUGUGCAGUUCUGCAUCGUUGCUUUAGUCAUAAUAUUCUGCAGCACCAUUACUCUCUGUCUUGUGUUUGUACCUAAGCUCAUCACACUGAGGACAAAUCCAGAUGCAGCCACACAGAACAGACGAUUUCAGUUCACUCAAAAUCAAAAGAAAGAAGAUUCAAAGACAUCAACAUCAGUCACCAGCGUCAAUCAGGCCAGCACAUCUCGACUAGAAGGAUUGCAGUCAGAGAACCACCGCUUGAGAAUGAAAAUUACAGAGCUGGACAAAGACUUGGAAGAGGUCACGAUGCAGCUUCAGGACACUCCUGAGAAAACAACAUACAUUAAGCAGAACCACUAUCAGGAUCUUAAUGACAUUCUUAGUAUACGGAACUUUACAGACAGCAAAGAUGGUGAGAAAGCCAUUUUGAAAAAUCAUCUUGAUCAAAAUCCACCAGCACAAUGGGGCUCAUCAGACCCUUCCAGGACAAGCAAAGAUCCUAUAGAAGACAUCAACUCUCCAGAACACAUACAGCGCCGGCUGUCUUUGCAGCUGCCCAUUCUCCAUCACGCCUACUUGCCAUCCAUAGGAGGAGUUGAUGCUAGCUGUGCCAGUCCCUGCGUAAGCCCCAGCGCCAGCCCUCGGCACAGACACGUGCCGCCCUCCUUCCGAGUAAUGGUUUCGGGGCUGUAGGAACGGGAGAUCAGUGCUUCCUGAACUGCUUUUAAGUACUCGAUGACUGGACUAAACAUCUGACCUAGAACUCUGCUACAAACAUAUAACAUUGGCUCUUACCGCAGAGGAGCUACCGCUGAGGCCGUCAUCACAGGAGUGCCCGUGGAACUCGUGUGGGAAGGCAAAGGAGAAGGACACAAGGAGUUUGAUCUGUAGCCUUAUUCAUGGAGUUUUUAUUUCUUCACGUAGAAGUCACUGAAAAACGUUUCUUCCCAAAUUUCUACUCACAGCAAGGAGGCUGGGAAAUAUGGAUCUUGCAAAAAAGACACUAGGGAUAAAAAAAAAAGCAACACUCAAAUGUCACUGAGCUUUAUGUGGCUGCUGAGAACAUGCAAUUCCACACUGUAUCCAUGUGAGGAAAACACAACGGUUGAGCUAUACCAUAUUUAUUGAAAUAGAUACACUCAUUUUUGCAAGAGUUGUGUUAAAUUGCUAGAAACAUUCUGCACUGGUUAGUCUUGCUUGUUUUCAUUCCAGGAGCGAUGGUUCAACAGGAAAGGAGGGUUGUGAGAAA